CAAACUCCUUAAUGGUAGGACGCAUAGAGAUGAAACUUGGUACGUAUGCCUAUUAUAUCAUUUCCAUGACAACUACAUGUUUCCAUGACGACCGCAUACUGUUUGAAGAAACCUCAGACGAUUAUCUUUAUAAUUACUUCUUCACUCCUCAAACUUGCUAACUGUAGCAUGUAUGGAGGUGAAACUUGAUACACAUACGUAUUAAACUGUUUCCAUGACAACCACAACACAAAGUAGCCUCAGGCACUUUACUUUAAAUUUACUUCUUCACUCCUCAAACUCGCUAACGGUACCACACAUGGAGAUGAAACUUGGUACGUAAUCGUGUAACAUCAUUUCCAUGACAACC